AUGGCUAUGUUUUGUUAUGCGCCUGACCAAGUCGGGAUUUACAGUCGAAGUAGACCGACUUUUCUGUGGGCAUUGAUUGCUCUCCUCCCUGCCUGCAAGAAUGCAGAUGUCCGCAGAGAAGUAGAAGCCACAGGCAUGAUGGGUAAUCUAAUUCACUGGCAAGAGCCUUCUCCGAAAGCUUGCUAG